UCAGUUGCCAGCACCGUUAGCUAGCUAAGCUAUAUCUGUCCCGUCCAGCUCCGAGCUCUCACCGCCAAUCACCAUGGCUCUUCUCCCCCACCUCACCUUCCUAAUGGCCUCAUCACUGCUCCUGCUCCUCGCAACCGCAGCCGAAGCUGCAGCCACGCCCGCCAAUGCCACGGCCGGCGACCUCUCAGCCCUCCUCGCCUUCAGAGCCCGGGUGUCCGACCCUACCGGCGUCCUCCGUGGCAACUGGACGGCCGCCACGCCCUACUGCGGCUGGGUCGGCGUCUCCUGCGGCCGCCGCCACAAGGAGCGCGUCACGGCCCUGGCGCUCCCCGGCGUGCCGCUGGGCGGCGCCCUGGCGCCCGAGCUCGGCAACCUCUCCUUCCUCUCCACCCUCGACCUCAGCGACACCCAGCUCGGGGGCCCCGUCCCGGCCUCCCUCGGGAAGCUGGCGCGCCUCGCCUACCUCAACCUUUCGAGCAACUAUCUUUCGAGCGCCGUGCCAGCGUCUCUCGGCGACCUCACCGGGCUUCAAGCCCUCGACCUCUACUCCAACAACCUCACCGGCGGGAUCCCAAACGAGCUGCGCAAUCUGCGGAGCGUCGUGUACCUCGAUCUGAGCAGGAACGAGCUGAGCGGGCCGGUGCCGCGGGGCGUGUUCAACGGCACGUCCCAGCUGAGCUACCUGAGCCUCGCACGCAACAACCUGAUGGGCAACAUUCCUAGCGACGUCGGUUUCUCCCCGAACCUUGCAGUCCUCUCUCUGUCGUGGAACCAGCUUUCGGGGCAGAUCCCAUCCUCACUGUUCAACAAGUCCAGUCUGCUGCAACUGUUCUUGUCCAACAACAACCUCUCCGGGCUGCUGCCGAGCAAUCAGAGCUGCUUCAAUCUUCCAAUGUUGCAGCGCGUGACUCUCCACGGAAACAAUCUCGCCGGCAUCGUGCCCCCGGGCUUCGGGGCGUGCAAGUACCUGCAGAGUUUCAAUCUGGCCUACAACCGCUUCACCGGCGGAAUACCGUCGUGGCUGGCGUCCAUGCCGGAGCUGGCGGUCAUCUCACUAGGUGGUAACGACCUUUCCGGCGAGAUCCCCGCCGGCUUGAGCAAUCUUACCGGCCUCGCCGUGCUAGACUUCACCACGAGCGCCCUGCAUGGGAAGAUCCCGCCGGAGUUGGGCCGGCUGACGCAGCUGCAGUGGCUUAACCUCGAAAUGAACGACUUGACAGGUACCAUUCCGACCUCCAUCAAGAACAUGUCUGUGAUCUCCAUCCUUGACAUGUCCUACAACUUGCUUACUGGGCCCGUGCCACGAAAAGCUUUCGGGGAGUCUCUUGCUGAGCUCUACAUUGCCGGGAACAAGCUCGGUGGAGACGUCAGCUUCCUCGCGGACUUGUCGAGAUGCAAGAGCCUCAAAUACAUCGUCAUGGAGAAAAAUUACUUCACCGGUAGUAUCCCCAACUCUGUCAGCAAUCUCUCCUCCCUCCAGAUCUUUAGAGCAUUUGAGAACCAAAUAACAGGGCACGUCCCAAAUAUGCUGGCAAAUCGGAGUAGCAUCUCGUUCCUUGAUCUUCGGAACAACCGAUUAAGCGGGGAGAUUCCAAUAUCAAUUACAGAGCUAAAGAAUCUCAAAGGUCUAGAAUUGUCUGAUAAUGAGUUGUCUGGGACUAUCCCCGUACACAUUGGUAAAUUAGAAAACCUGUUUGGCUUGGGCUUGGCCAACAACAAGCUCUACGGCCCUAUACCAGAUAGUAUUGGAAAUCUGAGUAACCUACAAACCUUAGAAUUAUCAAAUAAUCAGUUCGCUUCAACAAUUCCCAUGGGGCUAUGGGGCAUUCAGAACAUUGUGAACCUUGAUCUGUCCCGAAACGCCUUGAGCGGCGCUUUGUCGGAAGAUGUCGAAAAUCUGAAGGCAAUAACCUAUUUGGACCUUUCUUCCAACCGGUUCCUUGGCAACAUACCAAUUUCAUUGGGAGUGCUCCGCACAUUGACCUACCUGAAUUUAUCAAAGAACAGUCUCCAAGAUCAGGUACCGGAUGACAUUGGUAAGCUAAGUAGCAUUAAAGCGUUGGAUCUUUCAUACAACGCACUGUCUGGUACCAUCCCAAAGUCCUUUGCCAAUCUCAGCUAUCUCACAAGCCUAAAUCUAUCUUUCAAUACACUCUAUGGACAAAUCCCAAAGAGCGGUGUUUUCUCAAACAUCACACUACAGUCAUUGGAAGGGAACACCGCACUAUGUGGUCUUCCACGCCUUGGGUUCCCACAAUGCCCAAAUGAUGUGUUCAAGCAUCACCACCGAUUUGGUCUCCUAAAACUUGUACUUCCUAGUGUUGUAGCCGCCAUUGCAAUAGGAGUUUGCUUGUUCGUCCUGAUCAGGACUCGUGUUAUCAAGAGGCCAAAGGAGCUGCCAGCCACUAGCUUGGAGCCACACAGCAAUUAUAAACCAAUCUCCUACUUUGAAUUGGCUCGUGCCACAAAUAACUUCGAUAAUGAUAACCUACUAGGAUCUGGAAGCUUUGGCAAAGUAUUUAGAGGCGUAUUGGAUGAUGAGCAAAAUGUCGCGAUAAAGGUCCUCAACAUGGAACUAGAAAGAGCCACAAUUAGCUUUGAUGUCGAGUGCCGUGCGCUUCGCAUGGCUCGACAUCGAAACUUGGUUAGGAUACUCACCACUUGCUCGAAUUUGGACUUCAAGGCUCUAGUGCUCCAAUACAUGCCAAAUGGGAGCCUAGAUGAGUGGCUGUUCUCCGGUAACCGUCGUGGGCUAGGACUGGUCCAAAGGGUGAGCAUCAUGUCAGAUGUGGCUCUUGCAAUGGCUUACCUUCACCAUGAGCACUUUGAGGUAGUCCUGCACUGUGAUCUCAAGCCGAGCAACGUGUUGCUUGAUGAAGAUAUGACGGCUUGCGUAGCCGACUUCGGCAUCGCAAGGAUGUUGCUGGGAGAGGAUACUUCCAUAGUCUCGAGGAACAUGCAUGGAACAAUCGGUUACAUGGCACCAGAGUACGCCUCGACCGGUAAGGCGUCAAGGAAGAGCGACGUGUUCAGCUACGGGAUAAUGCUUCUCGAAGUCAUGACCGGGAAGAAGCCCACCGACGCCAUGUUCAACGAGGAGCUGAGCCUCAGGGAGUGGGUCAGCCAGGCUUUCCCAUCGAGACUUGCCCAGGUCGUGGAUCAUAGCGUCCUCCUUCUAGACGAGGAGGCAACAAGCAGCGGAGGAGGUAUCCAACAGGUCAGCUGGUCAUCCGGGGAAGGACCUCGCGACGGCUGGACCUGCCUAGAGCAGGUGGUGGACUUGGGUUUACAGUGCUCGCGGGACUCGCCUGAGCAGAGGCUGGCGAUGAAGGACGUGGCUGCUAAGCUUGCACGGAUCAAGGAGCGUUUAUCAUCCUCCAGAUGAUUUUCUGCAACUGAAGGCCAAUGAUUGGGGGUGUGGCCGUCAGAGAUCAGAUGCUAAGCUAGUGAAUGCUUAGCAUUCUGAAACUUCUGCAGGUUUAGAUGGCCCCAAUAAGGAUGCAGUUGCAGCCAGGGUUUACAAAACCGGUGGGAACCGGUCCGGUCCGGUUCCGGUUUGGGCCGGUACCAAACCGGCCCAAAUUCAAAAUUCAAAUUUGAAUUCAAAAA